AUGGAUGGACGUAGUUGUGCAUCAGAUAUUAACAAAAUAAGUGAUAAAAAUAAAUUAUUGAAUGAAUGGAUAAUUGCUGCAAAACUUGAAGGAAAAAAAUUGAAAUAUCAACAUAAUGGAGAUACGAAUAAAUUAAAGAAAGCGUUAGGGUACAGUUAUGCUGAUUAUGGCGAUUUGAUAAAAGGAACAAGUAUAUGGGGAAAUACAAAUACGGAAAAUGUGGAAACAAAUUUACAAAAUUUGUUUAAAACUAUUUUCCAAAAUCAUAUUAAAGAAAAUACCAAAACAAGUGGUUCAAAUAAAGAUGGUAAUGAUUUGAAAUUAUUAAGAGAAGCUUGGUGGAACACGAACAAAAAAUAUAUAUGGGGAGCAUUGCAUUAUGGUGCUACAGAACAAAUAAAUAGACCAGUAUUCGAGCAGCCAAAUACAGACUAUAUCCCGCAGUUUUUGCGAUUUGCUCAGGAAUGGAUCGAACAUUUUUG